AUGUCGACUCUCGCAGCUGCCAGGGCAGAUAACUUUUACUAUCCCCCGGAAUGGACUCCAGAUCAAGGCUCCUUGAACAAGUUUCAAGGACAGCAUCCUCUGAGAGAGAGGGCCAAAAAAAUAGGCGAGGGAAUUUUGAUCAUAAGGUUCGAGAUGCCCUACAAUAUAUGGUGUGGUGGUUGCAAUUCUAUGAUCGCCAAGGGUGUUCGAUUCAAUGCAGAAAAGAAGCAAGUUGGGAACUAUUACUCUACAAAGAUAUGGAGUUUUGCAAUGAAAGCACCAUGCUGCAAACAUGAGAUAGUCAUCCAGACAGAUCCUCAGAACUGCGAGUACGUAAUUACUAGUGGUGCCCAGAAGAAGGUUGAGGAAUAUGAAGCAGAAGAUGCCGAAACCAUGGAGUUCGCUCCUGAGGAAGAGAAGGGCAAGCUUGCAGACCCGUUUUACCGUCUAGAGCACCAGGAAGUUGAUCUGCAGAAGAAGAAAGCAGCGGAACCGCUUUUGGUCCGUCUCCAGCGAGUCUCGGAUGCAAGACACGCAGAUGACUACUCCCUAAACAAAGCUCUACGUGCACAAAUAAGGGGACACAGGAAACGUGUAGCUGAAGAAGAGGCUACUUCAAGGAAGCUAGGCUUGGGGAUAAGACUUCUUCCAAAGAGCGAAGAAGAUACUGCAGCUGCGUCAAACGUCAAGUUCAAGUCCAAGUUUGAAAAGAACCGAAAGGAUAAACGAGCGCUGAUCCAUGCAUCUUCCAUCUUCCCCGAGUCAUCUUACUCCAUGUCAUCAUCGAGCAAGAAAAGAUUGGAGCUAGAAGCAAAGAGAAGGAAGAUUAGCGCAGCUUCAGCGUCGAGUCUGUUGAGAGGAGGAUUCAAAGCUUCAGCAUUGUCUAAAACCCCAUCAUCAUCAGCAACCAAGUUCAAGACUUCAUCAGUUGCUGUAAGGAAGCGGUAG